UUAUUUCUAAUCUAGCUUUUCAAGUAUGAAUCCAUUAUUUCUUGUUCUGCCCUGAUUAUUACUGAAUUAUGGAGUUCUGUCCUACAGGAUCCAUAUGUUGGAUUAUGGGAACUUCGUGCCUGGGUAUCUCUGGUCAUCCCGAGAACCGGUACUUCGGGAGCUGGGAGAUAAGCUCACUCUCCUGUCAGAGUAUGACCAGGUGAUAGACGCCUUCGAUAAAGGAGCUGGGGUGCUGGAGGCCACGGAAUACUCCCAAUAUCUCUUCAUCACACGUCAAAGGAGCAAGAGAGCGUAUGCUGUUGAAGAAAAACUUUAUCCCAACUACGUGGGCUGGGUGUUUCAGAAGGGCUCGCCUUACAAAUAUGUCUUUGAUAAGUACUUGACCUGGAUGUCAGAGGCAGGACUAACGAUUUUCUGGCGUCGCCUCGUUAUCACUGAAUUCCAGAAAUCUGAAUUUCAAGGAGCUGGACAAAUGGAGGGAGCAGAAUGGAGACCACAAUCCCUUACACUGGAGCACCUUCAGGGCGCAUUUAUUGCCUUGUUCCUCGGGACGGGACUAGCAAUGGUCGUCCUUAUCCUUGAAGUUCUUUGCUAUUAAGAAACCUCAUCGAUGUUACCUGAGUUGAGAACUGUAGUAGAUUAUAUAUUAAGUACAACUUUGUCACAUGCAUGUAAACAAUAAACACAUUACUUCCACUAAUAAAUAGAUCAAUAAAACAUUGAAGGUUUACUUUUUUUUAUGUUUAUUAAUAACAUUUAUGUAAUGGGGAAAAACAUGAUAUUUCAAUUACAGAACAAUUAUAAAUCAUUCCACAAUUAUAUACCAUGCAAAACAUUAGUGUUUCCAGCAACAUCAUACGAUAUACAUUUAUAAUUAAUCAGAUAAUCAAGUAUGUGUUGUAUAUUAUGAAAAAUAAAUUAUACCAAACACUGCACGUUUCGUAAACGACCACAGUUCUGACCAAAAGAUUAUUGGAUAUUUGAA